AUGGCCAAUGAUGGAGCCUUUGGGUUGGAGGACGUGCCGGAUUUGCCUGAAGCACCCACAGAACAGCCCAAGUACAACCGGGAUUACCAUCGUCUCUUCGUCAAAUUCAUGAGCUGGCUGCACAAGAGGACGUACACCAAGGCGGCUCGCUUCCAACCUAGUGCUUUGGCCGGCAUCCAACCACACCACGUUGCCGACUACUUGAAAUGGCGUGCGUAUGGUACGACCGAUGUUGACUUCAAAGACCUCGAGCAGAAUCCAACUUGCCGCUCCUCUACUCUUGAGCAAGACAAGAAGGCUAUCUCCUUCUACAUGCCCAUCAAAGGUGCCACAUGGAAUGGAACCUCCGGCAAUCCAACCAAGUCCGAUCCUGUGAACGAAGUGGUCAAGGAAGUCAAGAAAGCGGAGACUCAACACCGCGGCAAGAAGUCCUGUGCCACCAGGGAUUUGACGGAAACUGAGUAUCGCAAGGUGGUCCAUGAACUCUACGGCAAAGGGAGCUUUGAAUCGACCAUCCGUACAGCCUGCAUGUUGAAGCAGCAAGUCCAUCUCAUCACCAGGACGGACGACAUCUCCAAGUUGAAGUAUUCCGACUACAAGCCGCAUCCAGACUUCCCUUUUGCGCUCAGUUGCAAGGUGCAUUGGUCCAAGAAUAUUUCGGAAGAACGACAAUGCCCUGACCAAAUCAUUCUUGGGUCGAUGGAUACCGACUUUUGUGCUAUGCUCGGAUUGGCGAAUUACAUGGAGGCGUCCUUCAACUACGGGUAUGGCGCCGCUGGUCGGGAAGAUGCAUUCCUCUUUACUCCCGAAAGCGAUCCUAAGUUGGCUCCCAAGCACUGCAACGCAGCCUACCGCAACAUUCUCAAGGCUGUCUUUUUGUCGGCUCCAUUUCUGGCUGUGGCGCUCCUCAUAGCUGGUGUUCUUGGGAGUCACAGCAUUCGGAAGUUUGCUGCAACUCUGGCAAGAGGGAUGGGUGCUACUGCUGACGAAGUUGACAUUCGAGGUCGCUGGAAGGCUCGCUUGUCUGGACGGGUUGUUGAUGCCUACAUUUCGCCUGAACAGCCCUGGAUCGACGCUCGUGUUGCCGAAAAGCUUUGCAUGGGGGCUCCUAUUGCCUACAAGCUACACCCGGAUGCCAAGAGAGUGACUCCCUACUGGUUGAUUGAGCAUGUGGUGCCAAGGACACAUGCGGUUUAUCGACGGUGUCAACGACAUUCGCUGCAUUGGCUCUGCCUCGUUUGUGGCGCGCCUUGA